AUGAAACUUGCCUGUAAUUUGUUUGGUCUCCGGGUGAGCAGGCUGAAGGGCCUGGAACAUUUCGUCAAUCCUGUUAUCAAACUGGUCUUGAUUAGUGACUUCAUCAAUGUGGUCACAAGGUUGUACAUCCUGGUUGACGAGGUUGUACAACCUCGCCAACCAGGAGGCAAUCCUGCUGGCUGGCGAGGCUGUACAACCUCGCCCGCUAGGAUUCCCUCCUGGUCAACGAGGUUGUACAACCUCGCCGGCCAGGAUUCCCUCCUGGUCAACGAGGUUGUACAACCUCGCCGGCCAGGAUUCCCUCCUGGUCAACGAGGUUGUACAACCUCGCCGGCCAGGAGGAUUCCCUCCUGGUCAACGAGGUGGUACAGCCUCGCCGGCCAGGAUGUACAACCUUGUGACCAGGAGGAUUCACUCCUGGCCAGCAAGGUGGGCCUUGUCAACCUUGUAGGACACCGGCCGGUGUCCUACAAGGAUCAACAAGCUGUUUUUUUUCAAACACUAUGCUAUCCCAUAGGACCCAUGCCUGGGUCCUAA